CACACAAGCGCUGGACCCACAGCAGCCGACGCUUCAAAGUCCUCCGAACCGCCAGGCGGCUCAAUGCCACACACACAGCCACCAGAACUAACCACCCCUUCAGCAGAGACCCAGGAUGGCGAAGAGAGUACAGGGCCUAAGGCGGACAACAGCACUGCGAUGGAGCCAGAUAGUGCACACUUGAACGUCCGCACCUUAUCGGAGCACCUUGGGGCGGGCGAAGAUGUCGGGACUAUCAGUGAGACGAGCAUUAAUCUGCAGGACACGCCUUCGGAUAUGUGCAACUCAGUAGACAGUGUCACUGCCACCUCACCAGCCGAGAGCGCGCCCAGGGAGAGGCGGAGUGGCAGGUAG